AAUCCUGCAAAACGACGACUGGCGGUUUGUUCGCGUCAUAUGAUUGGCUGAUCUGACUUGCCCAAUGUGAUAACUGGGCGAUGGCCAUUGUGACACGUUUUUGACCUUUCUUUCACGCAUCCAUUCGCAUGGCUUUUCUGUCUGGCUUCGUCAAGACCGGUCUAUCCCUCCUCGGAAAGGAUUCUUCAGCAUUUCCUUAUACAGUAGGCGAUAAAGUCGAAUGGUUUGACAGCCAAUCUAUUUGGUCCCUUCAUCAUGGCGUGAAAAAGGAGGACAACUCGAAAGCUUCCAUUUUCGUGUUCGACGGAAGCAAAAACAGAGACAGUUUACCGCUUGCACGUAACAUGUUCCGUCGUAUUCGCACCAUGCGACAUCCUGAUUUAUUAUGUUACUUGGAUGGCAUCGAGGAUGAGCAGACUAUAAUGUUCGCCACCGAUCCAGUCGAACCGCUCUCGAGCCAGCUCGGUCAAGCCCCUGAUCAGAACCUAAUAUUAUGGGGUCUUUACAAAAUUGCGCAUGCGAUUCAGUUUAUCAACCAAGAUUGUGACAUGGUGCAUGGCAAUAUUCGUUUAUCUUCCAUCUUUAUAAAUCAAGCCGGGGAAUGGAAAUUGGGUGGAUUCGAGGUACUCUCUUCAAUGAAAGACGAAAGUCCGAUGAUCCUGACAUUUGGCGGUUUGGUAUCCGACGCACAAAAAUAUGCUUCGCCUGAAGUUCAGAAAUCGGGUUGGACGGUUCUCAAAGAUUUACCACCCACCGCCGAAGACUCGUAUCAGUUGGGAUGCCUUAUAUUCGAAGCUUACAAUCGUCGAUUCGACACGGCCGAUCAACUUGUUUCCCAACGAGGCGAGAUUCCCGCCAACAUGUAUCCCAUCUACAAAGCAUUGCUUCGUCCUUCCGGUCGCACAAGAGCCGAUGCUGCCUCAUUUUUGGAAGAAGGAUCGCGUCCCAAUGGAUUUUUUGAUACGGAUUUUAUCCACGUCAAUCAGUUCUUGGAAAAUAUCACGAUCAAAGAUCAACACGAAAAGGACGCAUUUCUGAGAAAAUUGGAUACAGUUAUUGAAUCGUUCCCGACAGACUUUGCAAAAUACAAAAUCUUGCCUGAACUCACGAAAGCUUUCGAAUUUGGAUCCGGUGGUGCCAAAGCAUUGAAUGCGAUCUUGAAAAUUGGCGAUCAGCUCGCCAAUGACGAGUACGAAAAGAUUAUUGUUGCACCGAUCGUACGGAUGUUUGCCUCGCCCGAUCGGGCCAUUCGCAUCAGCUUGCUGGAAAACAUGCAACGUUUCAUCUCUCACAUCCCCAAUAAAGUGGUUGUGAAUCAAAUAUUUCCCAACGUCGCGACCGGUUUUACUGACACUGUACCUCUGAUACGAGAACAAACCAUCAAGGCAACGCUGCUGUUAGUGCCAAAGCUGAGCGAUCGCAUCAUCAACUAUGAUCUGUUAAAGUACAUGGCCAAACUACAAAUGGAUGAAGAGCCGGGUAUACGUACCAACACCACAAUUUGCUUGGGCAAAAUUGCAAAGCACCUCAGUGAUGAUACCCGGAAAAAGGUACUGAUACCGGCAUUUACUCGCAGUUUGCGAGAUGGUUUUCAUCAUGCUAGAAUUGCUGCCUUGAUGGCACUGACUGCGACGGCAGAAUACUAUGCUGCGCCGGAAUGCGCUAAUCGUAUCAUACCAUGCAUUGCGACAGUGCUUAUUGACAAAGAAAAACCUGUUCGUGAUCAAGCUUUCAAGGCCAUGAAUACCUUUUUAACUCGUGUGCAAGAAUUUGCCGACAAUAUGCCGGAGACCGCAUUAGAACCCUCGUCUUCUCCUGCCAUUGCUUCAAAAAUCGAAGGGGAUGCAACAAGUUCUCCCAUGUCUUCUAUGGGCGUGGCUGGCGUUUUCGGAGGAGCUACGAAAGGCUUGGCUGGCUGGGCCGUGUCUUCCCUUCACGCUAGGUUUGGUACUCCGAGUGGCGAAAUUAACAGUGGCAACCCCUUGCCAACAAAUGGUUCAGCAAUCCCUGCUGAAAGAGAUACGGGUCUAGCGAGACCGAUAGCAUCGUCUGAACGCCUUGCACAAAUAGGCAUGGCAUAUGAAGAAGAUGGAUGGCCCGAUGAUUCUAAAGACGAUCUAAUUGAAUUCUCAGAAAACGACGGAUGGGAGCCAUUUGAAACAAACACAGUUGAAAAACCGGUUCCCAUUUCCGAUAUUGUCCCUGCUGUUCCUAAAACCCGGAUAUCAACGUUUGCAACAGCGAAUCACCCGAGCGGUUCCAAAACAUCCAUGAAACUAGGUCACACAACAAAAUCGCUUGCUUCACAACUCGAAGAAGAAGCGACAUCAUCGAUGAGAAUGAAUAGUGCAUCCACCAGCAAUCCAUCCUCCAUUGCCUCUCACUCAAACGCCACUUCUCCCAACAUGCAACCGGAAUUUGCAAGUAAAGAGGAUCGCAAGGCGGAGUUGGAACGGCGCAGAGAAGAACGGCGGCAGCGCAUGGCUGAACUUCGGAAUGCCACGCAGCGAAAUAAGACUGAAAUCAACCGGUUCGGUUUGGAGAGUAUCGACUGGGAAUGGAAAGGCGAAAACAAUCCCAAGACGUCGUCAGGGCUACUGCUCGCUUUUCUGAGUAUUGUUGGCUGGGUGCAAGCCUAUGUCAUUCUCCCCACACCUACCGUCAAAGGCAACCACGAACUUCAAGCAUUGGCAAGCCCCACCGCCGCGCCAGAUAGUCGCAGCUCCAAUCGGCGAUUAGCACGACGGCAAUUGGAAGAAAACCUGAGCUUGUAUCAAAACUGGGCGGAUGUCUGUAAUAAUGAAAAAGGCAACAAUGUCAGAAUCCAACUCGAUAACCAGGACGUGCGACAACUCUGGCAAACCGUGACAGAAACUGUCUACUGUGGCCACGGUCAGGUCAAAACGGUGACCAAAACUGUUACCGCCAAAUCCACAGCAACCUCUACGGUGUACGUUGACAAAGACAAGAACAAAAAACCCAAGUGUGAUGACAAGUGCUGGAGCGAUUACCUUUGGCAUACCUAUGGCCACGGCAUCUCUGUCGCCCAAGGUUUUACUGGCAUUGUAUGUGUGCUCAUCGGCAUCUACUUUAUCUUGUUUGGUUUCCGAUUUUUCCGCCCCACUUUAGCAUUGACUGGCUUUGUCUUUUUUGCUACGAUGACAUGGAUCGGUCUAGUCAACAAUGAACCUGCUUAUGGAUACCCGCACACCGAAAUCAUUUAUAUUUGCGUCAGCAUUGGCCUCGGUCUCCUGGGAGCUGUACUGUUUAUGUUUUUGUAUCCACUGGGUCUCUACAUGGUGGGAGCCUUGGCAGGAUUUUAUCUGGCAGUCUAUAUCUUAUCUUGGAAAGAAAACCUUGUCAUUACCAUUAAAGUUGCACGAAUCUGUUUCAUUGUGGGUAUGGGCGUGGUCAUGGCGAUUCUGGUGUUCUUGGCCGAAAGCUACGUCAUUAUCUUCUCCACGGCGGUGAUUGGCGCGUAUCUGUUCAUAUUCGGUCUUGACUUCUUCAUCCACACUGGUUUUAUUAACUCGUGGCUGGCGAUAUUCGAUGGGAACCAGUACCAUCGAAAUUCGUAUUUGGUGAGCACACCAAUUUACAUCAUGUUGGCUUUCAUUGCCUUUUUGAUCUUGCUGUCGGCCGGCUGGCAAUACUACUGGAAUAUCGUUCGACUGAAGCGCCGCUUUGGUGUCAAUGUGAUUGAAGUGCCCGCCGAGAAAUAGGUCGUCUUUUUCCCCUUUCCUAACCCAUCAGCUACAGUCUAUUGCAUAUUUUUCUUUUGAUUCACCAAAUAUAACUCUUUCUCAUUCAUACAUUAUCCAAAACACGACGUAUUCUAUAAAAAUUUU